AUGGUGAAAUUAAACCCAGGCGUGAAACAAUGUGUGCGUUUCAUUCAUGAAAGUACAAAAAAACUGGAAGGAGACAUUGGAAGUGGACCUAAGGCACCCUUUAAAACACCAUACACAGGAAGUGACAGAACGGUUACCUUUGAGAAGAACAUGCCAUUCAAUAGGAGGGUGAAGGCGUGGGAGAGGGAUAAUAUGGACAAAGACGAGUGGUUCACGAAAAAGUAUGCGUGGAAACACUCACUUCAGAAGAAAGCGUUCAAGGAGAAAGGGUACAGAAGGAGAAGUAAAGGCGAUGAUAAGAGACACUAUAAGGAGCAGAACGUGAUGCAGUCUGUGUCCCAGCUCAAGCUGAAUCCAUUGGUUGACUAUUUGUACGGGACGAAUCCUGUUUUGGCCGCACUUCGGUCCUCCAAGCGUACAGACUUCGGGAAACUUCAUUUACACAAUCCGAAGAAAACACAGAAAGACGAAAGCAUUAUAGCUCUCGCAAACAGUCGAGGAAUCAACAUUAUAGACACGACAAAGCAGGAUCUCAACAGGAUGACGGAUAACGGUGUGCACAAUGGUAUAGUGCUUGAAACACGGCCGUUGGACAUUUGCGAGCUGAAAAAUUUAGGCAAGCCGUCAAAAGAGCAAAUCAACAUUGGCAAGACGGGCCUGGAGGGCGAAAACACACUGGAAUUGGAACGGGACACGGACACCAGCAGAUUCCCUGUUGGGAUUUACCUGGAUGAAAUAUCGGAUCCGCAUAAUGUAGGUGCAAUCAUCCGUUCUGCGUAUUUUCUCGGUGUGGACUUCAUAGUUCUCUCAAGCAGAAACUGUGCAAGCUUGACCCCUCUUGUGUCAAAGGCCUCGUCGGGCGCGAUGGAGUUUAUUCCGAUUUUCUACGCGUUGAAACCUUUGUCAUUCUUUGAGGAAUCGGCUGCCAAUGGAUGGUCAAUCGUGUCCACCCUUGCACCGCAGCAAAUUGCGAGGUAUUCGAACAAAGCCGUGGACCGCAAGCAGCUCCACGAACUGGUUCAGGAAUCUCCAGUUUUGCUCGUUGUUGGUUCUGAGGGAGAUGGAAUCCGCACGAAUCUAGUUUCAAGAUCAACACAUGUCGUCGGUAUCAAUCCGGCAAGAGCAGCUUUAGACAAUUCUGUUGAUUCUUUAAACGUGAGUGUCGCAACUGCACUCUUGAUAUCGCAAUUGGUUGAUGAGUGA